AUGAAGAUGAACGACGUCAAGCCGGAGAGCAGCGGCGCGUCGAUUUCGCCGACGGGCGGCAAUAAUAAUAACAACAACAACAACAAUAACAAUAAUAAUAGCAUCAACGGGAACGGCAAAGCGUCGGCGACGGCCGCCGCCGCAGCAGCCGCUGCCGCCGCGGCGACGGUGGCCGCUAAUGGCGGCGAGGGGAUCAGCGCCGCCGUCGCAAAGGUUCUUCAAGGAUACGACUGGACUCUGGUACCUGUUGCCACCAAGGGCUCCGGCGACAAAAGGGCGGCCCACGUCAAGAGGCCUAUGAACGCGUUUAUGGUGUGGGCCCAGGCUGCAAGGCGAAAACUGGCCGAUCAGUACCCUCAACUUCACAACGCCGAGCUGUCGAAAACACUGGGAAAGUUAUGGCGGCUCCUGUCCGACAAUGACAAGAAACCCUUCAUCGAGGAGGCCGACCGCCUGCGCGUUAUCCACAAACGCGAGCACCCCGACUAUAAGUAUCAGCCCCGACGUCGGAAGCAGAACGGGCCGUCCUCUGGCCGCGAGGGCUCGCCCACGAGGAGCCAGAGCAACGUGACGUUCAGCGUUACCAGGUCGUUGAAGCAGGAGGACAUGAGUCCUAGAGGCGUUCAAGGACCCAAUUCACCGCAGAGUGGCGUGAGCUCUUCGCCACCCACGACACCCAGUCAGGGUCUCUCACCGCCGACACCCCCUACGACGCCCAGGGGACAGCACUACAUCAAUCAGAACAAUCAGCUUCCGCAGAACAACACGGUGUACUAUCAGGAGUUGGUCGGCGGCACGCCGUCGAGCGAGUCCCCGCAUCAGCAGCCGGCGGUCGAUCUUCGGUACAUCGAGGUCGGAGACGGCCUCCCCGGCGAGGACAACCAGUUGAACGGCCUCGGCACUUUGGGCGGGCUCGGCCUGAAUCUCCCGGUGAACUUCCAGGAGUGCGAGGUCGAGAGCAACGAGCUCGACCAGUACUUACCGCCCCAGACCGCGCCGAUACAUCAGUACCCGCCCGUGCAAGUCACCACCGCCUCGCAAUGGUUACUCAACAGAUACGAGGAGGAGAUCGAGAGACCGAUGAAGCGCCACUGCUCGGAGCAGGCGAUCGCGGAGGUGACGUCCUGGGAGGAUAGGACUCAGGAGAUGGUCAGGUACCACGAGCUGCAGCCUCCCCUACCGCCGGUCCAGUACAUAUCCGCCCAUAACUCGCACCAUUCGCACGCGAGUACGCAGAUGGGCCAUCCGCACGUGUCCACGCCCUACGCGCAGUAUGCGCAUCGCUACGUGUCCGGCAUUGAGACGUGGCCGAAUUAUAUGUAGACCAAAGCGAGAGGUAAACAUGCCCGAUAUAUAUUUCUUCCUUACGCGGCGCCGAGAGGCCGCGCCACGCUGUCGUCGAAUCGUCCGAUUUUUACGUAUCUAUAUUAAGUGAUCGUGAAAAAAAAAGGAUUCGCGUAAACCGUUCCCGGAUCAGCCGCGAAAUAUAUUCGAGAGAUAAGUUUUUGGAAUUUGACAAACUCCGCAAUUCUCCCUGGUCGACGCGACGUGCCGAUAAAGAGGCGUCGGUCGUCUUACAGUUUCUAAAUUUUCACUUAUUAAAUGUACCGAAGGUCAAAGUCGUACAAUUAUCGAAAUUGUUCUGAAAUUGUUUUGAAAAUCGCAAACUUAUUUCCGGCAAUUUUUUUGCAAAUUAU